AUGAGUUGGACAAAGUCUUCAUUGUUGGUGUGCGCGCUCUGGAUAUCUAGCGCGACAGCAUCACCGCGACAGACGGCGAAUGCCAACGCGAGGUCGCAAGUCCAGCAGCAGUUUUAUCCCAGGCAGCAGUAUGGUCCACAACAACCUAAGAACCCUGGCUACCCUGGCUACUCAGGCUACCCCCCCAAAUCCUUCAACCCUUACUUCAACUACGGGUACCCCAACGCGCCGUGGUUCAACCCCAGCUACCAACAGCAACCUUACUUCAGCUACCCCAGACCACAACCACAGCGCGGACAAUGGAAAGGCAGUGGAAGCUACCCGCCUACUGCACUCCCUCCUUUGAUACCGAUACCAUUUAUUCCCCCUGUGGUCGAGUACCCCCUUUUCCCAGUGCCGCUCAACCAGUUUGCGCAGAACCCAAUUGCGGCACCGAACAAACCAUCGGCUGGACAAGGCAACAGCGGCAACCAGGGCACUGGUACAUCAGGCAACUCUCCACAACAAGGAACGCCUUCGAACCAAAGCCCUACUGCUCCAACAGGCCCCGGUAGUCAACCAAGCAACGGUGGGCCAACCAGUUCGUCAGGUGCCUCAGCUCAAGGUUACGCUUCCUCAUCCGGACCUUCCACUGGAGGUAAUGACAACAAACGACGUAGCUUCAGUGCACGCCCUAUAGAAUUAGUAAUUGACAAGUUAAAUGAUCCAAGCAUUAAGUUG